AUGGCGGACCAAAAUAUCUCUCAGUAUAAGUACUCGGCGAUGUCCAACCUGGUUCUCCAGGCGGACCGUCGUUUCAUCAGCAAGACCAACGAUGAGGCUAGCGGAGACCCCGAGUCUCUUGCAGGCCGUAUCGGGAUCCGAGAGAUGGGCUCACGAGUAGCACGCGAUGAUGCGCCCAAGUCGAAAAAGAAGGCCGGUCCGACCGAAAUCGAACGGGGUGCGAUUCACGAAGGCGAAGACGUGUUAUCCCGGGAGCAGAAAAAACGCGGACGUGGCCAGCCAGCACAAUUACGAGGCCAAGGCAUCCUCUCUGCCGCCGAUGCCCUCAUCGAAGGCUUGAAAUAUCGCCCUCGAACACCUGCGACUCGAGCAACCUACGAUCUUAUUCUCACAAUUACCGGAAGCCACCUUGGCGACGUUCCCCACGAAGUCGUUCGAAGUGCCGCCGACGCCGUUUUGGAAUACCUCAAGGAUGAAGAUCUCAAGGAUUUCGACAAGAAGAAGGAAAUUGACGAUCUUAUGGGCACUUCCAUGAACCCGAAAGAGUUCAACGAACUUGUUAACCUCGGCAAGAAAAUUACGGAUUAUGAGGCACAAGAUGAGGACGAGGAUAUGGAUGGCGGCUUCGAUGAUGCGGACGCAGAGCUCGAUGAACGCCAAGGUGUUGCAGUUGUCUUCGACGAAGAAGACGAAGACGAUGAACGCACAGGCACCGUUAACGAAAUCCGAGACGAAGAUAGCGACGAGGACGAAGACGAAGACGACCAAGAACAACCCGAUAUCGAUCAAUUAGCUACCCAAGAGGCCGGCGAUGACGACGAAAUGGUCAUUGAUGGUGGUCUCGACCGUGAUGAUAAGGCUGGAGAUAAAACUGGGCUGAAUGUUUCUGCUCGCGAGAUCGACGCCUACUGGCUGCAACGCCAAAUCGGAGCGGUAUAUUCAGAUGCACACAUUCAACAAGAAAAGACUCAGCAAGCGUUGGAAAUUCUUGGCGACAAAGCGGAAGAUGGAUCCGAAAGACCCCUUCGCGAUGUUGAAAAUGACUUGAUGGAGCUUUUCGAUUACGAGCAUGCCGAAGUUGUCGCAAGGUUGGUGACAAAUCGUGACAAAGUCGUCUGGGCUACUCGCUGGAGACAGGUUGCCGAAGAUGCCGAUGCACGCAAUCUUGUUGAAAGUCAAAUGGUCGAGGCUGGGCACCGAUCUAUUUUGGAUGAAAUCCGCGGAAAGGCUACUCGUGAUGAUCUCGCUGAUCGUCCGGAGAAAAAGAUAAAGCUGGAUCUGAUGGACGUUGAUAUUCCCUCAGCACCAACACAAGAGGAGAAGCCAGCUACUGAAGGUGGUUUAGUUGGUGGUCUACAGCCCAAGAAGCUUAUCAACCUUGAGAACUUGGUUUUCCACCAGGGCAACCACCUUAUGACUAACCCUAAUGUUAAGCUUCCUCAGGGCUCCACAAAGCGCACUUUCAAAGGCUACGAGGAGAUCCAUGUCCCACCGCCUAAAGCUAAGCGGGACCCCGGGGAGAAGAAUAUCCCAACCACUGAGCUGCCCGACUGGGCUCGCGUUGGAUUCGGAAGUUCCAAGGAACUUAACCGGAUCCAAACCAAGUGUUACCCUUCGGCCUUCCACGACGACGGCAAUCUUCUCAUCUGUGCCCCAACGGGUUCUGGAAAGACCAACGUUGCUAUGCUGGCUAUCCUGCGGGAAAUUGGCAAGCAUCGCAACCCCGAAACUGGGGAGAUUAUGCUGGACGACUUCAAGAUCGUGUUUAUCUCCCCCCUCAAAGCUUUGGUUCAGGAGCAAGUUGGAAACCUGGGCAAGCGUCUUGAGCCAUAUGGCAUUCGAGUAUCCGAGCUCACUGGUGAUCGUCAGCUCACCAAACAGCAAAUUGCCGACACUCAAAUUAUUGUCACCACUCCCGAAAAGUACGACGUUAUUACCAGAAAGGCCUCCGAAACCAGCUACACUAACCUGGUCCGUCUUAUCUGCAUUGACGAAAUUCACCUUCUCCAUGAUGACCGUGGCCCUGUUCUUGAAAGCAUCGUCAGUCGCACGAUUCGACGUGUUGAGCAGACUGGUGACCCUGUGCGAAUUGUUGGUCUCAGUGCCACCCUCCCUAACUACCGUGACGUUGGAAACUUCCUGCGCGCCGAUCCUGAAAAGGGAGUGUUUCAUUUCGAUGGCUCAUACCGUCCUUGCCCUCUGAAGCAGGAAUUCAUCGGUGUCACCGAAAAGAAAGCCAUCAAGCAGCUCAAGACGAUGAAUGACAUCUGCUACAACAAGGUUCUAGAGCAGGUUGGUCAACGCCGAAACCAGAUGCUCAUCUUCGUCCAUUCCAGAAAGGAAACCGCCAAGACAGCCAAGUAUAUCAGGGAUAAGGCCAUUGAGAUGGAAACAAUUGGACAAAUCCUUCGCAGUGAUGCCGCUAGUCGUGCCAUCCUGUCCGAGGAGGCUGAGUCUGUUGAUGAUGCUUCUCUCAAAGAUCUUCUGCCUUACGGUUUGGGUAUUCACCACGCUGGUCUGAGUCUUGCGGACCGUGACUCUGUCCAGGCACUUUUCGCCGAUGGUAGCAUUCAGGUUCUUGUGUGUACUGCCACCCUGGCUUGGGGUGUCAAUCUCCCUGCGCACACUGUCAUCAUCAAGGGAACCCAGGUCUACUCCCCCGAGAAGGGUAGCUGGGUUGAGCUGAGCCCCCAGGAUGUUCUACAGAUGCUCGGACGGGCUGGUCGACCUCAAUAUGACACGUUUGGAGAGGGUAUCAUCAUCACUUCGCAGGCUGAGAUGCAAUACUACCUUUCCCUUUUGAAUAUGCAAUUGCCAAUUGAAUCUCAACUUGUGAGCAAGCUUGCCGACAAUUUGAACGCUGAGAUUGUUCUAGGCAAUGUUCGCACUCGCGAUGAAGGUGUGGAAUGGUUAGGCUACACCUAUCUUUACGUUCGGAUGCUUCGUUCGCCGGGUUUGUACAGUGUCGGUGCUGAUUACGAGAACGAUGAUGCUUUAGAACAGAAGCGGGUUGAUCUUAUUCAUUCUGCUGCUGCCAUUCUCGAGAAAGCUGGACUAGUCAAGUAUGAGAAGAAGACCGGAAAACUCCAGGCAACUGAGCUUGGUCGGAUCUCUUCACACUACUACAUUGGUCACAACUCCAUGCUCACCUACGCUCAGCAUCUUCAGCCGUCUAUCACUACUAUUGAGUUGUUCCGCAUCUUUGCUCUGAGUGACGAGUUCAAGUACAUCCCUGUUCGUCAAGAUGAGAAAUUGGAGUUGGGCAAGCUUCUGGGUCGAGUCCCGAUUCCUGUUAAAGAGACAAUUGAUGAGCCCCAUGCCAAGAUCAACGUCCUUUUACAAGCUUAUAUCUCUCGCCUGAAGCUGGACGGGUUGGCCCUGAUGGCCGACAUGGUUUACGUGACACAGUCGGCUGGUCGUAUUAUUCGGGCCAUUUUCGAAAUUUGCUUGAAGAAGGGAUGGACAUCUGUGGCGAAGACUGCGCUUGACCUCUGUAAAAUGGCGGAGAAGCGCAUGUGGCCCACAAUGUCCCCUCUGCGUCAAUUCCCUACCUGCCCUAGGGAUAUCCUGCAGAAGGCUGAGCGAAUCGACGUGCCAUGGUCUAGUUACUUUGACUUGGAUCCGCCACGCAUGGGUGAGCUCCUUGGCAUGCCCAAGGCCGGACGUAUUGUUUGUGAUCUAGUCUCCAAGUUCCCCCGACUUGAAGUUCAGGCUCAGGUUCAGCCAAUUACUCGUUCGUUGCUUCGUGUUGAGUUGACCCUCACCCCCAAUUUUGUUUGGGAUGAUGCCAUCCAUGGCAAUGCUCAAGAUUUCUGGAUCUUGGUGGAAGAUUGCGAUGGUGAAGAGAUCUUGUUCCACGAUCGCUUUCUGCUGCGUCGUGAGUUCGCUCAAUCUGAGAUGAACGAGCACCUGGUUGAAUUCACCGUUCCUAUCACGGAGCCGAUGCCCCCCAACUACUUCAUCUCGUUGAUCUCGGAUCGCUGGAUGCACUCUGAGACGAAGAUCGCCGUAUCUUUCCAAAAGUUGGUUCUGCCCGAGCGCUUCCCUCCUCACACCCCCUUGCUGGACAUGCAGCGUGCACCUGUCAAGGCUUUGAAGCGAGAGGAGUACCAGAAGCUCUAUCCCGACUGGGAACAUUUCAAUAAGAUUCAAACCCAGGUCUUCAAAUCUGUUUUUGAUUCGGAUGACAACGUCUUUAUUGGUGCACCGACAGGCAGUGGUAAGACAGUCUGUGCCGAACUGUCACUACUUCGCCACUGGUCAACUGAAAAGACCGGCCGCGCAGUCUACAUUGCUCCUUUCCAAGAGCUUGUCGAUCUCCGUCUCGCUGACUGGCAGAAGCGACUGGGUGGCAUUGGCGGCGGUAAGACCAUUGUUAAGCUGACUGGGGAGACCACCGCCGACCUGAAGCUUCUUGAGAAGGCUGAUCUUGUUCUUGCCACCCCCGUUCAAUGGGAUGUGCUUUCCCGCCAAUGGCAGAGACGCAAGAAUGUCCAAACUGUACAGUUGUUCAUUGCUGAUGAGCUGCACAUGCUUGGUGGAUAUGGUGGCUACGUCUACGAAGUUGUUGUUUCCCGUAUGCACUAUGUCGCUCUCCAGACAGAGAACGCUAUGCGCAUUGUGGGAUUGAGUGUGCCGCUUGCCAAUGCUAGGGACAUUGGAGAGUGGAUUGGCGCCAACAAGCACACCAUCUACAACUUCAGUCCGAAUGCUCGGCCAAUUCCCCUAGAACUUCACAUCCAAUCAUUUACCAUUCCUCAUUUCCCCUCCCUGAUGCUGGCGAUGUCCCGGCCAGCUUAUCAAUCUAUUCUGCAGCUGUCGCCUGACAAGCCCGCUUUGAUUUUCGUGCCCAGUCGAAAGCAGACCCGCUCUACGGCCGUGGAUCUUUUGGCGGCAUGCGGCAUGGAUGAAAAUGAAGACCGAUUCCUGAACGCGGAUGUUGAGGAGCUAGCACCCCUUCUCAGCCGUGUUCAAGAGCAGACACUUGCUACCUCAUUGUCUCACGGAAUUGGAUAUUACCACGAGGCACUGAGCCCCACUGAUAAGCGUAUUGUCAUCCACCUUUUCAGCAUCGGUGCCAUUCAGGUCCUUCUGGCCUCGCGCGAUUGUUGUUGGGAGCUGGACGUCACUGCUCAUCUAGUGAUCGUCAUGAACACUCAGUUCUUCGAUGGCCGCGAACAUCGUUACAUUGAUUACCCCAUCAGUGAGAUCCUUCAGAUGUUUGGCAAGGCUUCCCGGCCGGGUCAAGACAAGAUCGGUCGCGGUGUUUUGAUGGUGCCUGCUGUUAAGCGUGAGUACUACAAGAAGUUCCUUAGUGAGGCCCUGCCGGUGGAAAGCCAUCUGCAAGUUUAUUUGCACGAUGCCUUUGUCACCGAGGCCAGCACCAAGACCAUCGCUUCCACUCAAGAUGCAGUGGAUUGGAUGACUUACACGUACUUCUAUCGUCGUCUGCUGGCCAAUCCCAGUUUCUACGGUCUCGCUGAUGUGAGUCACGAGGGGCUCAGCACGUUCCUGUCUGAGCUUGUGGAGAACACCUUGAAGGAAUUGUCUGAGGCCAAGAUCAUUGACCUGGACGAGGACGAUGACAGCGUCUCUCCUCUCAACGCCGCCAUGAUCAGCGCGUACUACAACAUCUCCUUCAUUACCAUGCAAACCUUCUUGUUGUCCCUUUCGGCUCGCACCAAGUUGAAGGGUAUUCUGGAGAUUGUUACUUCGGCCACCGAAUUCGAGUCCAUUCAAAUGCGUCGUCAUGAGGAGCAUAUUCUCCGCCGAGUCUAUGACCGUUGUCCAGUUAAGAUGUCGGAGACUGCAUUUGACUCGCCUCACUUCAAGGCGUUUGUCCUUCUCCAGGCUCACUUCUCUCGUAUGCAACUGCCAAUUGAUCUCGCCAAGGACCAGGAGGAUAUCAUUCGCAAGGUUCUAAACUUGCUCAGUGCCUGUGUGGACGUGCUUUCUUCUGAGGGCCAUCUCAACGCCAUGAACGCUAUGGAGUUAUCCCAGAUGCUAGUCCAAGCCAUGUGGGACCGCGAUAGCCCCCUUAAGCAGAUUCCCCACUUCUCGCCCGAAGUUAUUGAGGCUGCCAAGGAAUUCAAGUAUGUCCAUCUUUCCCCAAUAUCUGAAUCACGAACAGCUACUAAUUUCGAUUUUUCUCACAGCAUCAAUGAUAUCUUUGAGUUUAUGGAUGCCAUGGACCCCUCAGAGAACAAAGACUACGGAGCUCUGGUCAAGCGUUUGGGCUUGAACAAUAAGCAACUGGCGCAAGCGGCAGCUUUCACUAACGAGAAGUACCCCAACAUCGAACUGGACUUUGAGGUUGAAGAUCCCGAGAACAUCACAUCGGGUGACCCUGCCUACCUCAAGGUCAAGAUUGAACGGGAGGUGGAAGACGAUGAGGAGCCCGAUACCGUCGUCCACGCCCCAUUCUACCCCAACCAGAAGAUGGAGAACUGGUGGCUUGUGGUCGGUGAUGAGAAGACCAAGAACUUGCUGGCAAUCAAGCGUGUCACUAUUGGUCGCAAGCUAGAGCUGCGUCUAGAAUAUGUUGUACCUACACCUGGUGAGCAUGAGCUCACUCUCUACCUCAUGAGCGACAGCUACGUCGGUGUGGAUCAGGCCCCCACAUUCACUGUCACCGCUGCUGAAGGAAUGGAUGAGGAUGAGGAUGAGGAUGAGAGUGAAGAGGAAGAGUAA